GCCUUGAUUGAGCUGGCUUCAGAAGCGGCUGCCACCGCAAUGGUUCAGUAUUACUGUAUCUGUCCUCCUUCGAUUCGUGGAAAUAUGUCGAUUGCUGUGCAGUAUAGCAAGUACGAUGCGCUUUCCACCCCUGGCGCGAGCCAACAUAUUUCUGAUGCCAUUUUGGCCGCAAAUAAGCAGGUCACUGCAAACUCCGUUGAUGAGACAGCUGAUGGCAAAGAUAGAGUUGUAAUUCGUGUUCAAGUCGAGCGGGCCCCUUUACACAUCCAGUUUAACUAUCUGAUGUUUUACAAGGUUUUCCAUCAAUUUGGUCGUAUUGCGAGAAUUGUUGUCUUCAAAUCCUCCCAGUUACCCCAAUCUUUAAUUGAAUUCGAGAGUCCUCUUUCUGCUUACGUUGCAAAGCUGCAAAUGAAUAAUGUGCCCUUAUUUCCAACCGCUGGCAGCCUGGGGAACGGCGUUAUGCGUACGGACUGGUCGAAGCAGAUUCGACUAGAGGUGCGGCGCGAGAACGAAAGCUGUCGCGAUUUUAUUACAAAUCCCCUGACUGAACAGGAGAUCACUAACCUCCGAUUGCUUGCUGUUGGGCCAAGUCACUUCAGCAUGAUGGGCUUGGGUGGCGCUGUUGACUCCUCUCUUAGCAACUCAGCUGUCGCCAAAGCAGCACAUUUUUUAACUGCCACAACUGGGCCUGGUGCCCUUUUUGAUAUUCAUGGGAAUGUCGACCCUGUUGCUUUGGCUGCAGUUGCAGGCCGUGUUAUCCAGCCGUUACUGGCUUUUCUUGGUCUCUGA